CAGGGGACAGUAGCUGCUGUUCUGGGAGAGAGACCUUCCAGCAGCCACCCAAGCAGAGACCAAACUGAAGGUCAGAAGCCCAGCAAAAGAAGCAGUAAGGAACCUUCUGGACAUCAUUGGAGGCACUUUGUACAGAUGGGAAGUGUUGAUAACUUCAAGGAUUUUGUGAGUGUUGGCCCCAUCGAGUCUGUCACCCGUAGCAAAGAUGCACCAGCAGCAACCUGCUUGGCCUACCGAACCACUGGGGAUGAAGGAGGGACCACGGGCACGUUCCUGCGUUCAGUGCCAACCAGAGCAUCUCUCCGGACCCCUCGGGGGUCAGUUGUGAGUUUCCACAGCAUCCAGUAUUCCAUCAAGCAGUCUCAUGGGCUCCUGUGCAAGCGGACAGUGGUGGAGAAGAAAAUCCUUCAGAAUGUGUAUGGAAUUAUGAAGCCAGGCAUGAAUGCUAUUCUGGGUCCAACUGGCAGUGGCAAAUCAUCUCUCCUCGAUGUUCUGGCUGCUCGAAAGGAUCCUGCUGGCUUGUCUGGGGAUGUUCUUAUAGAUGGUGCCCUGCAACCCCCCAAUUUCAAGUGCAUCUCAGGAUAUGUCGUGCAGGAUGACGUUGUCAUGGGCACAAUGACUGUGCGGGAGAAUUUACUCUUCUCUGCGGCCCUGCGGCUCCCAAGCUCAAUCAGCUUCCAAGAGAAAGAAGAGCGAGUGACCCAGAUCAUCCAUGAGUUGGGGCUGAGCAAAGUGGCGGAUGCUAAGGUAGGAACAGAACUGAUCCGAGGGGUAUCUGGGGGAGAGCGGAAGAGGACCAACAUUGGGAUGGAGCUGAUCACAGAGCCCCCAGUCCUGUUCCUGGAUGAGCCCACCACCGGUCUUGACUCCAGCACGGCCCAUGCGGUGCUCCUCCUACUGAAGAGGCUUUCUGGAAGAGGCAGGACCAUCAUCUUCUCAAUUCACCAGCCUCGUUAUUCCAUAUUCAAGCUUUUUGAUAGCCUGACUUUGCUGGCUUUGGGGAAGGUUCUCUACCACGGCCCAGCCAAGAAUGCGCUGCAGUACUUUCGUUCAGUGGGGUAUGAGUGUGAACCUUUCAACAACCCAGCUGACUUUUUUCUUGAUGUGAUCAACGGUGACUCUACGGCUGUAGCAGUGGGGAAAGGUGGCCAGAAGUCUAAGGGAUCAGAUGUGAAGAGCCACAGUGAGUCUGAUGGCACGGAUCCUGAGGAGGAGGAGGAGGGCAUGGCAAAGACUGUGGUGGACUCGCUGCAUGAGAAGUACAUAGCUUCCAGCCAAUACCAGGAUUUGAUGAAAGAUCUACAGAGAUUGGAAAGAGCCCAUAGGAUGACUCCAAAGAAGCCAAGGCUUAGGACUCAAGUGACAUAUGCCAAUGGCUUCUUCACCCAGCUCUACUGGGUAUCCCAGCGCUCUCUCAAAAACCUCAUUCGGAAUCCUCAGGCUUCUGUGGCACAGGUUCUGGUGACCUUCAUCCUGGCACUCAUUGUGGGGGCCAUUUUCUUUGGUGCAAAGCUUGAUCAGAGCGGCAUUCAAAAUCGGGUUGGAUCCUUGUUCUUUGUAACCACAAACCAGUGCUUCUCCAGUGUGUCUUCCAUUGAGUUGUUCAUCAGGGACAAGAAAUUGUUUAUCCACCAGUAUACCAGUGGGUAUUAUCGAGUGUCAGCCUAUUUCCUUGCUCUGAUGUUCGGAGACCUGCUCCCAAUGAGGACCAUCCCAGCCGUUGUCUUUUCAUGCAUCAGCUACUGGAUGAUUGGCUACCAAGCGGAGGCUGGGCGGUUCUUCUUCUUCAUGCUGACGCUGGUGCUCUUGUCUUACACGGCCACCUCCAUGGCCCUGGCUGUCUCUGCUGGGAUGAACGUGGUAGCGAUCGCUAACCUCCUCAUCACCAUUUGCUUCGUCUUCAUGCUGAUCUUUUCGGGCUUGCUGGUGAAUCUUCCCUCCGUGAUGGGCUGGCUCAACUGGCUGAAGUACUUCAGCAUUCCAAGAUACGGCCUGACAGCCCUUGAAGUGAACGAGUUCAGGGGGCUGAAAUUCUGCAGCGAUAAGCAGCUGAAUGACAGUGAAUCCACGCUGCUAAGCAGUUGUCCCCAGAAUACCUCCCAGCCUCAGCAAAUUUGCUUUGGUGAGCAAUACCUCUGCGGCCAGGGCGUGGAGCCAAAUGACUGGGCCAUGUGGGAGAACAUAGUGGCACUCCUCUGGAUGACUGCAAUCUUCCUCACGAUAGCCUACAUCAAACUCCGGUUCAUGAGGAAGUUCACCUGACUCUCCUCCUUCAGCUGGCGUUCAAUAAGUCAUCCCUUCGCAGAUCCAACUGACCCACUGUUUUCUCAGCCCCGCUGGCAGCCACUCGGACAUUUAAACUCCCUUUUGAGGGUUGGUUUGUUUUUGGUAAAAGAAUGAUUUGACUAACAAGCCCUUGAACAUGAAGCCCCACACUUUGUGUGUGCUUUCAGGAUAGGCCCAAUUUUUGUUAGGGAUCUUGUUUGGAUCUGUGGUUGUCAGGGCCCCUAGACUAUUCAGGGAAAGCACUUCUGUUUUGGCAAAAGUCUUUAUUCAGAAACAGUGGUUCAGAUAAAAAACUGAAGGUAAACUGAAGGUAAAAAACCAGACGGUUAGUUUUCAUAGACAGCGAGUCUGAAAAUGGAGACAGUCAAGAUGGGGGCCAGUACUUCUGUUCCAAUGCCUCUAGGCAGCUAUUAGUGUUGCUACUUGCUAUAUAACUAGUUUGCAAGAUUUGGGUCCAGUAGCAGCUUAGAGACCAGCAAGAAUUUUUGAGUAUUGCCAUGUACCAAGGCCUUCCCAAUAAACAGACUCAGAAUCAAUAUAUUGCUUGGAGUUCAGACAAGAUACACUUCAAGGAUUUUUGCCAAAACUAAAAUCUUUCUCACACAGCCUUCCCAUGAAUCCCACCUUGCAGCCCCUUCCUUUGCGCUGUUGCUAAGCAACCCCCUCCUCUCAUCGUCCCAUUGCCAGUUCCCAAGCCUGCAACUCUCCAAGGCCAUGAUCAGAGAUAAGGACUCAGGGCACCUCUCCCUUGGUCAGCUGUUGCAGUUAGUCUGCACAUUCCUGCAUAGCAGCAGCCAGGAUGCCACUAUCUCCCGCCCUCCCCUGGAGACAUGGCAAGACCAAGAUAUUGACAGAUAUAAGCUUCUGAGAGUCAAAGCUCCCUUUACCAGAUAUGAAAUCUUUGACUCUCCAAAACUCAUACCCAAAAAGUCUUGUUGAUCCGUAAGCUGCUACUGGACUCACAUCCAAAUGUUCUACUGCAGACCAACACAACCCUCUGAAGCUGGAGGAGGGGACAGCUGUCAAGUAGCUGACCCUUUCAUCAAGUGAAAAAAGGGGUGUUCCUGAUUUGGAACCACCUUCCAUCAGAUUCUAUGAAUCACUAGCUUUCAAUAAAUGCUUUCUGCACAGAAUUUCACCUUUUAAUUUAAUUGGCACGUAGGACAAGAAUUCACCAGUAGGAAUUAAAUCAAGAGAUCUGAACUUUAUCUCAGUUUUAACAGUCAUGGCAACAAACAUUGCCUAUAGCAAUGUUACAUGUUUAUUUCUAUCCGCAAGUAAUAUUCACAUUUGAUCAUAGUAAGAUAUUUCCCAAUCAUCUGUAAACCUCAGGUAUUGGGAAUGUUUAUUUUUAUCAUGGUUAUUUUAUUAGAAACUUAUGUAUGUGAUUUUUUUUACAGCUAUGAAAACACAACCAUAAGGAAAUCUCCUGUCCUAGAAUUUGUCAUUCCAAAGUGUGAUAAAGAUUGUUUUCUAUA